UACAAUCAUUUUCAUCUUUCCUGCUCACCCGAAGCUUCUCCCUCCUCCUCAGCUCCACGUUCUCUCAGUCCCCACCUCCCCCCGAAGCAACAACCACCACCGCAUCUAGGUCUCCGAGACGGCGCCCACCCGUUCCACUUCCUCGCCGGAUGAUCGCCGCCGGCACCGUCUCGAUGGGCCGCUCCACCACUCCAACCCCCGGGGCCCAGUCCCGGUGGCCACACGCCGUGGCGCAGCUCCGCCUAGCGCUCAGCUCCCCGUCUGCGGCAAGCAGCAGCAGCGGCAGCGGGCACUGGAUGAGCUGCUUCAGGCCAGCGCCGGUGCCAGCGACAUCGUCAUCGGCGGUUACGAUGGCGGUGAAUGAGACGAGGGGGAAGUGGGCGGAGGUGGAGAUGGAGCCUGCGCGCGGAGGAGGGGAGGACGUCUGGAGCUCCCAGGCCGAUGCGGAGGUAGCGCAGGGCGGGAGAUUCCCCGAGCACCUCGUCGUCAUGGUCAAUGGCCUCGUGGGGAGUGCUGAUGACUGGAAGUUUGCCGCAGAGCAGUUCGUGAGGCGGAUGCCAGAUAAAGUGAUCGUGCACCGGAGUCAAUGCAACUCCGCUACCCAGACAUUUGACGGAGUUGACUUGAUGGGAGAAAGGUUAGCGAACGAGGUUCUAUCAGUUGUCGAGCAAAGAAAAGGUGUGAAGAAGAUCUCAAUUGUGGCACACUCUCUAGGCGGUCUUGUUGCCAGAUACGCUAUAGGAAGGCUUUAUGGACGUAAUAGCAGACUUAAAUCAUAUGCUGAGAGCAGCAGAAAUGAAGGUCAACGCUUGGAGGGUCUCAUUGCCGGCUUAGAACCUAUGAAUUUUAUAACCUUCGCAUCACCACAUCUGGGUUCAAGUGGAAACAAACAGCUCCCUUUUCUUUGUGGCUUGCCUUUCCUGGAGCGAAGAGCAUCGGAAACUGCACAUUUGAUUGUUGGAAGAACUGGAAAACAUUUAUUCCUUACAGACAGUGAUGAUGGCAGGCGUCCACUCCUGCUUCAAAUGGUCGAUGACUGUGAUGAUAUAAAAUUCAGAUCAGGAUUGCGUUCUUUCAAACGCCGUGUCGCAUAUGCGAAUGCCAAUUUUGACCAUAUGGUGGGGUGGAGAACAUCAUCAAUCCGGCGUCAACACGAGUUGCCAAAACAUCGACUUCUUGUUCGUGAUGAGAAGUAUCCACAUAUUGUCCAUGUUGAUAGAGGAAUUACGGACAAUAAUGAAACUGAAGUCAGUGCUAAUUUGUAUGACCCAGAAGAGGAGAUGAUAAGAGGCCUAACACAAGUACCAUGGGAACGCGUUGAUGUGAGCUUCCAGAAAAGUAGUCAAAGAUUGGUUGCACAUAACACCAUCCAGGUGAAGAGCUAUUGGCUUAACUCGGACGGAGUAGACGUCAUCAACCACAUGAUGGAUAAUUUCAUCGUCUAAUCUUCCAUGUUACAGCAUGCACUGCGCCAAUACUUGUCGAGUUUGUUUACAAGUGACAGUUCAAUUUUGCGUAGCCGAUUUGACCUUGUAGGUUAUACAGUUUUCAUUCUACUUCGUUGAUUCUUUAGGUUCGUGUGCUGCAGAUGCAGGGCAGGUUCCAGCCCAAAUGUUUCUGAUCCACAUUCCUCCACAUCAACAACAACAAGGCUAUCGCAUCUGAAAUGUAAUUAUAAUCUGCCCCCUCCCGUUUUAUUGUACAGUGAAGCUAAACACAAUUUAGUGCAACCUGUUUAACCGUGCUCAGCCAAGGGUGCCAACACAGGCUCUCGGGCGUGGAAUAUUUCCCAUUUCCUGCAGAAAGUUAACUGUUUAUUUGAAAUUUC